GAAACUGUCACUGAUGAAAAUAUUGCUAACUUUGAAGACGGCACAGUGGCCGGGGCAGGUGUACGCUGGUGAACAUAAAUUAUAAAUCAUUAUGAAGAUCCUCCACAUGUUCAUCCUCUGUCUGAUCACAGUGAGAACUUUGACGAUUAGAACACUGACUGCCAACACAGGGGGAGGAAUCAACAUCAAGUGCAGAUAUGAAGAUAAACACAAAGACAAAACAAAAUGCUUCUGUAAGAUGGGAACACAGCAGGAGUGUUUGGAUCAAAUAAACACAGAAGCACACAAGGAAUGGACGCAUAAGGGCAGGUUCUCAAUUCAAGACACUAGAAGUGCGGGAUUCUUCAGCGUGUUGAUCAGAGAGCUGACCGUGAAGGACACUGCAACAUACAGAUGCGCUGUUGUUGCCUCUGAUCAAACAUUAAACUCCACUACAGUGAAGCUGAACGUUGUAGAAGAUCUCUCCUAUGAGAAACCCACCAGUAAGACUGUCCUCAUAGGAGAGAAUGUGACCAUCAGCUGUAGCUAUCCAAACUCCCACAGGAGUGAUCCCAAGUUUUUCUGCAAGAUGUUGCACAAUGGUGUUUGUACUUAUAAAACAUCGGUUAAAGAAAGUAGAACAGCUGUAAGAGAGGAGAAAAUCUCUCUGAACGAUGACAGAGCAAAGAAAGUGUUCACUGUGAGCAUAAUGCAUGUGAACGAGCGGGACUCGGGGGAAUAUUGGUGUGGAGUUGAAGCAGGGGAAUCUGAAGAUGGAUACAAGGUCUACAUCAUGCGCAUCGACAUGACGGUCACCGAUCCAAAUGUUAGAGUUUCACAACGACCUUCAUCCUUGUCAUCAUCAUCAACAAGCACGCAUCGAAUUCCCACAAAUUCAAGCAAAUCUUCAACAUCUCAUCCUGUACCAACUUCUCUUCUGACUGGAUCUCCAGUUUUCAUCACUGUUUCUGUCAUUCUGGCCGUGCUUCUGGUUCUUCUGAUCGCAUUCUUCACUGGGAUUUUCUGGAGGAGAAUGGAUCCUAUUCUCACAGUUCCAAGAACCAUCCAUGAGGUUCCCUCUGCUGACAUCAGACGCCUUUCUAACACCCUUUACUCCACUGAUCAUUUACCCACAAUCCCUGCUGAUUCUUCACAUGCUGUUUACGCUAACAUUGGAUUACCCACAAUUCCCACAGAUACUGUUUAUGCUACAACACAACUGCCAUCAGAUGGUCCUGAUCAGUAUGUCUGUUCCACGACUUAGUUACCCAAAAUUCUCUCUGACUCCUCAGUGCUGCUCUCCUGACAUCUGGUGAAAGCCCAACGUACGCAGCAGUGAGUGUGACCAUGCUACAUUUAACGUUACUGGGAAUAGAUCGUUUUUCAUAGUUGAUAGUUGAAUUGAACGUGAAUCGAAGGGGGCUUUGGCUGAAUGCAUGUUGAGAUGAUGUCACUUCAUACCAGCUCCCGCAUAUAGACGUGGUAUGACUCAUAAGUUGACAUUUAAAACAAUGUAAUGGUGGAGGUACAUACUCCCUUGCUGGAUAGCCGAUGAAGCCUAACCUCACACAUGGGGGUAAGGAAGGUUCGUCAAACUGUGUCAUUACAGACAAGCUAUCACAUCUUUCAUUAUUUUGCCAUCUCAUCAGUCUUCUAGCUGUGAUAACUUUUCCUCAUACUAUACCAAAUUUCCUUUAGUUUCCAUUCAGACUCAUCUCCAAUAACUUGGAGCUGAAUUACUGUGAAGAGCGAGUGAUCACUGUCUGCAGUAACUUCAUUACCAACUGCACAGGAAUAAAGUCCUGGAUCAUCUUCUCUUGCAUCACUGAUGUUCACACUGAACUCUCACUGAACAUUCCUUCAAUGUAAGUGAAUGGGAGUUUUGGGGAAUGUUCAUUAUCUGCAACGGGAAUACCGGGAGUCCGAUCAAUUUUGAAAAACAGAGCCUGACCAGUGUGAUCAGCCUGAAGGACUGUGCUGAGGUUGGUAGAAAUAGCUUGACAACUCAAGGAGGAAUGGGAAUUUUGGCCACUUUGAGCUUCCGAACCGGGAAUUCCAGAAUUCUGAUCACUUUGUGUUUGGUGCAUGUAGCUUAAAAGCUCUGGGAGGAGAAUUACUUUUUUUGUGUCUCAGAAGAGGAAUAAUAAGCUUAUAAAGCAAAACAGUAUGUUCCCACCCGAGGCCGACGAGGCGACCUCCGAUGCCACGUUCCUGUCCAAGGCCGACAAAGUGGCCUCUCCAGCCACGGUCCUGUUCGAGGCCGGCAAGGCGACUUCCUAUGCCAUGUUCGUGUCUGAGGUUGAUGUCAAGAUCAACCAGGUUCUGUUCACGCCUGAGUCUGCUGACCCUGCCUUCCUGUUCCUCUGAGGACGUCGCUCUGCCUUCUCGCCCUGCUGAACCCGCCUUUGGGGGGUGGGGUUCUAUCAUGUCAUGGCAAACUAGUGCCUCCAUUUACCAGAAUGCAUCACGAACUACAAACAUGGCCGACGACUACAACUUCUAAUGGAACACAGACACGUCAUCUUCUCCUAAGGAUUGGUCACACACACCUUUUCCCAAUCACACUGACAAUCACCACCUAAUUAAGAGACUGCUCAUUCACACGGUCUUCCCAAAGUAAUACGUUCAGUUGCCAUAGUCUCUGUAUUUUACCAAGCUCUUCUAUUGUUUUGUCUAUUCUGGUUUUGAUGUUGCUUUGCCUUUGACGUUGAUUUCUGCCAAACCUGCUCUAUCCUGUUUGCCUGAUUGCCUGACCACUGCCUGCCUUUUUGCCUUGCCCUAUAUUAUAAUCUAUAUUAUAAUAAAGAUAUGAUAAUCUUCAUUAAAGCUUUUAACCGCAAUUGCAUCUGUCCUAACCUCCAUUAUGUGAUUCACGUGACACCUUGAGAGGAACCAGACUCAAAAAGGAACCCAUCCUCAUUCGAGUGACACCAGAUAGUUCGAUUAUAAAUAAAGCCCUUCUAUAAAUGUGCUAAUACUACAUGGUCAAAUAGUGCAGUUGUAUUACCUGGAAAAUUCAUCACAGUUUGUACAUGAAGUCUGUUUUCUUUGAAUAAAUCAGAGAUCUUUCCAUUUGAA